AUGGUCACCACCACCGAGGUGGCCUACUAUGCCUACAUUUAUUGCGUGGUCAGCCCGGAGCACCACCAGAAGGUGAGCGGCUACUGCAGGAGUGUGACGCUGGUGGCCUACAUGGCAGCCUCCGUGCUGGCCCAGCUCUUGGUUUCCCUGGCUGGCCUGUCCUACUUUUACCUCAACAUCAUAUCCUUGGCCUCUGUCUCCGUGGCCUUCCUCUUCUCACUUUUCCUACCCAUGCCUAAGAAGAGUGUGUUCUUUCAUGCAAAAUCUAGCAAAGAAGCUCCUCCAUAG